AUGGGUCAACAACAUUCCGGAUUCGUUGUCGAAAUCGCCAGUCCACGUUUGGGACGAUUUCAGGCCGUUCCGCAAAAAGAUCCGGACGAAGAAAAUGAGCCAUCGUGGCGGAUUACAGUCAAUCCAUCGGCUGAACUGUUCGGAUCGCAGCGAUUGCGACAGCUUAUCGAUCGACUCUAUCAUCAGCAAAAGCUGCUGAGUGCAACCGAUGCAAAACAGGUUCUCAAUGCCCUCCAGGCUAUUGAUCCUUCUUCGGAUUUGCUGUUACCAUUACUCACAGUUCUAUCAAACGCUACCGCUUAUCCUGCAAAUCAGAUUCUAAUGCGUGAAUUACGAAUCACCGAACGAGUAGCCGAAAUGAUUUGUUCGCCACGACAUGGAUGGUCACGGUCGUGUAGAGUGAUGCUGUUACAAUGCCUUGCCAAUAUGGCAGUAUCGCCUGAGAAUCACGCAAUCGUACGCUGCGCAAUUCCGCACGCCAUUCAACGCCUAUCGUCCGCUGACGAAAUGGAGGUUGUGGUAGCGCUACAAGCGCUCACGAAUCUAUCGCUGAAUAUCACUACGGAACAGAUUCCUCAGUUCGUUCACGCUAUUCCAUAUUGCUUGUCACGGUUAUGGGUGCGUGGUGAACCAAACAUAAACGCAUUGCGACUGCUUGUAAACUUAAGCUGUUGUCCGGAUAUGGUACCAUACAUGCUUGGUGCAAAGUCAGUGAGUGGUUUGCUACGUCUUUUGGAUACGGAUCGUGAGGAGGUUCUACUUCGAGCGAUUACUUGGAUUUUGUGCACCUCGUCAGCAGUGGAUGCGCUUCAUCUAACAUAUGAUCGAAUAGCGUGCCAUAAUCAGGAUCCGUUUCGUAAUCCUGCACAUACACUCUACCACUCCAUAUAUGGUCCGAAGAGUCGUGAAGAACUGGAACAACGAGCUCGAGAGUUAACACUUCACACGAACCCCGAUGUCGUAAACAAAGCCACGCGGCUACUCGAAAUAUUAAAAAAUAUCCCACCGUUUCCAACGCUUGGUUCGCAGCUGAAUCGAUUAUGA